GAGAGGUCACAAGUUUUCAACACAAACCAUUCCUUUAGAAAUAAUACGACACUCUUUUGCUGACUGGGUUAUGUGCCGUGUCACCAUAGUUUUCUCUAACAAUAUACACUAUGUGAUCGAUGCAUAUCCACCAUCGCUUUUUACAAUAUAUAAAUUAGUGGAAAGAGAUAUAAGAAUCAACAAAUUAAAGAAAAAGUUGUAAAAUUCAGAAGUGAAGAAAGAAGAAAAAUGUCAGGUUGCUACAGAGUUUGUGUUACCGGAGGGUCUGGCUAUGUAGCUGCUUCCCUCGUUAAGAACCUUCUUCAAAACGGCCAUAUCGUCCAUGCAACUCUGCGAAAUUUGGACGAUGAAUCAAAGGUUGGGAUUUUAAAGAACCUCCCAAAUGCAACCACCAAUUUAGUGUUGUUUGAAGCCGAUAUUUACAAACCCCAUCAAUUUGAAGCUGCCAUUACAGGCACUCACUUUGUUUUCCAUCUUGCUACUCCUUUACGUCACACCCAUGGAUCUCAGUAUGGGAACACGACUGAAGCAUCAGUUACAGCGAUGAAGAUGAUAGCCAAAUUUUGCGUGGAAUCGGGAACGGUGAGGCGGUUGAUCUACACGGCCUCCAUCGUGUCGAUGUCGCCGAUGAAAGGUGACGGGAGUGGUUUUAAGGAGUUCUUUGAUGAAAGCUGUUGGACCCCUCUUAAUCUUUCCUAUCCUUUUUCUGACUCAUUUCUACAGGGAUACGUAGAAUCAAAGACGAUAACAGAAAAAGAAUUUCUUAAGUUUGGAGAGAGCGAGGAAUCGAAAAGGUUGGAGGUGGUUUCGUUGGUGUGUGGCCUCGUCGCUGGUGAGUCUCCUCAUCCUUCUGCUGCUAUAACCACCAUGGUCACAUUCUCUCAGUUCAUCCACGAAAGUGAACCCUUCAAAUUCCUAAGAUUUCUUGAGGAGUUGGAUGGUAAAGUCCCACUCGUACAUAUUGAUGAUGUUUGUGAAGCCCACAUUUUCUGUAUGGAACAAACUUCAAUUCAUGGCAGAUUCUUGUGUGCAUCUUCCUUCUUGUCCUCUUCAGAAAUUGCCAAUUACUACCAUCUUCACCAUUCUCAUUUGCAACAAAAACAUGGGAAAUUGGAUGAAGUGGCCAAAAGGAACAUCAAAAUGAAUUCCAAGAAGUUGAUUGAGCGAGGUUUCGUAUAUAAGUAUGAUGGUGAUAUGAUACUUGAAGAUGCUUUCCAUUGCUGCAAAAACCGAUUUGUUGGUUAAUUGUUUUAAUGAAAUUGGUAGGAUGUGACCAUUUCAUAAUAAUUUAAUAUAUGUCUACAAAAACUCUUAUAUUUUCAAUAUUUUUAUUUGGAUACAUUCAGCAUUGAAAAUCUACCACUAUGUAUAACUCAAUAAAAUGUAUGAUAUACCAAGUGUUCUUGCUCA